AUGUCGAAACUUCUGAUCGCUGUGAAAGAAGGAAAUUUUCAUGAAGUAAAACGGUUAGUUGAUCAUGGUGCUGAUGUGAAUAGUGAAAAUUAUUACCAUGCCAGUCCUCUUCACUUUGCAGCAUCAUCUGGUUCCCUGGAAAUUGUCAAAUAUUUAGUUCAACAUGGUGCUGAUGUAAAUUUUGAAAAUCAUCGCGUUGGUCGUCCUCUUCACUCUGAAGCAUCAUCUGGUUCACUGGAAAAUGUCCAAUAUUUAGUUGAACAUGGUGCUGAAGUAAAUUUUGAUUUCAUUUACUAUGGUAGUCCUCUUCACUCUGCAGUAUCAUCUGGUUCCCUGGAAAUUGUCAAAUAUUUAGUUGAUCAUGGUGCUGAUGUUAAUUUUGAAUCCUCUGACUCUGACAUUGGUAGUCCUCUUCACUCUGCAGCAUCAUCUGGUUCACUGAAAAUUGUCAAAUAUUUAGUUGAUCAUGGUGCUGAUGUCAGUUGUGAAAAUCGUUACGUUGGUCGUCCUCUUCACUCUGCAGCAUCACCUGGUUCACUGGAAAUGGUCAAAUAUUUAGUUGAACAUGAUGCUGAUAUAAACUGUAAAAACUGGCUGAAUAAACCUGUGAUUCACAAUGCUGUUAAGUUUGGUUCAUUGGAAAUGUUUAAAUACUUAGUUGAACAUGGAGCUGAGCUAACAAAUCAAGAAAAUCUUGACAUGUCCAGAAUUCUAUUUUUGGCUUGUAAAGGUGGAAAUACGUUAAUUGUUGAAUACCUUCUCCAACAUGGAGCAAUUAAAGACGUGAAUAACUGGAAAUUGAAAUCUCCCUUACGUAUAGCAUGCUUGAAAGGUCAUACCGCCGUAGUUCAAACAUUAAUGAAAUAUAACGUUGAUAUACGAAAAGAGAACUUAGAGAAGGAACCAUUAAUAUGUCGUAAUAAUGAGAUCAUAAAUAUUUUGAAUGUGGAAUUAAAGAAGUCUCUUAAACAUCGCAAAAAAAUUACGAUUUUGAAAGGAAUGGACAACGUAAAUUUGACAAAG